UCUGUCACAUCAUCCCCUCUCCUACCCUUGCAUAGACUCCAAAUUGUUAAACCCCUACGUAGUUUUCAGUAGCACGUCAUCUCCCAUGCAGCUUGCUGAAGACUUAGCUUUCAUUUAGCUCAGCUAUGUCCUCCUUGUCAACGCCUUCACCCGUUUCUUUUCCUGGCCUUUUCGUCGACAAAAAGUCCCGGCACACUGCCAAGCAAGCUGCUAUAAAGCUUGACCGUGUCAUCUCUCACACCGAGAUUUGUCCAAAAUGAUGGAGAUGACCGUGGUCCUAACCAUCAUCAUAUCACUCACACUCAGUUUCUUUCCUUCAGCCAUCCACGCUUGCGAUGAAGUCGAUGCCAACUCACUCCUGUCCUUCGCCUCCAGCAUGUCAUCUUCUCCAUCUCUGAAUUGGUCUAAUUCCAUCGACUGCUGCCUCUGGGAAGGGAUCACGUGCAACUCAGACCUGAAUCGAGUGACUCGUCUAUGGCUCCCUUCUAGAGGCCUCCACGGUCCCGUGGCACCAAGUCUUGCUAAUGUCAACCAUCUCACCCACCUCAAUCUGUCUCGCAACUCUCUAUUUGGCUCCCUUCCCUCAGGAUUCUUUUCGUCAUUGAAUAAUCUGCAGAUCAUCGAUUUUAGCUACAACGAUCUUUCCGGCAAACUUCCUUCAUCAUCUUUGUCGUCUAGUCAUUUAGAAAAUGUGAAUUUGUCAAGAAAUCGAAUGUGGGGAGACAUCCCAUCUUGGUUCUUGAAAGAUGCCUGGAAUCUGACAAGUUUCAGUGUGAGCAGCAACCAAUUUACUGGAUUCAUCCCCUCUCACAUAUGGAUCAAUUCUUCUCGCUCAAUCCAGUUCUUGGAUUUCUCCGUGAAUUACUUCAGGGGGGAAAUACCCCAAGGUCUGGGGUCAUGUUUGAACUUGAAGGUUUUUCGCGCUGGUUCUAACUCUCUCACAGGAUCUCUUCCUCGUGACCUCUAUAAGAGUGCAAGUAUUAAGGAGCUCUCUGUGCCUCAAAAUCAGCUUUCCGGGCCCAUAGGUGAAGCAAUAGCCAAUGUCACCAACCUUAGAAUCAUCGACCUCUCAGCGAACGGCUUUACCGGCCCAAUUCCUGCAGAAACUGGGAAGCUGUAUAAUCUGCAGCAGCUGCGCCUGCAAAAUAAUAGAUUGAGUGGCUCGUUGCCCUCAUCCUUGAUGGACUGCACCAACCUUAUGCUACUCAAUGUAAGAUCCAAUUCGUUGCUGGGCGAUCUAUCAAACUUCAACUUUUCCAACCUCAUCCGACUAGGAGUACUUGACCUGGGCUACAAUGACUUCUCCGGGAACUUCCCCCAAAGCCUUCUGUCCUGUAAGUCACUGAUCGCAAUCAGACUAUCCGCUAACAGAAUUGCAGGGCACAUCCCGCCCAAAAUUUCUCAACUGCAGUCGUUAUCUUUCAUGGCAAUUUCAGGAAGCAACUUAUCGAACAUCGCUGCAACCUUCACAAGUCUAAGGGGCUGUAGGAACCUCACUGCCAUCAUUCUGUCCCAAAACUUCAUAGGUGAAUCGAUGCCAGAAAUUGACAUGACAGUCGACUCGAGGGGAUUCCAAAAUCUAGAGCUAUUGGCUUUAGGCAGAUGUCAACUCCAGGGUCGAAUUCCAGCUUGGCUUGCUAAGCUAGGAAAUCUACGGGUCCUUGACCUGUCUCAGAACAGACUAACAGGAGAGGCGGGCAAUAUUCUCGGCCUUAGUCCUCUGGUCCUUCCCAUCUUUGUCAUGCCUGAUAAAUCGACAAUGAGGCUAUUCAACGGAAGACGUGUCCUGCCUCCCGCAAUAUAUCUGGAUAGCAACGGUCUCAGUGGAAGCAUCCCCAUUGAGAUUGGUCGGCUGAAGUGUCUUAACGUCCUCUCACUUUCAAGAAACAACUUCUCCGGCAGCAUUCCAGAUGAAAUAGCACAGGUCACCAAUCUAGAACGACUAGAUCUCUCUUCGAAUUCCUUGACAGGAAAGAUCCCUGCAUCACUUAUCGGUUUGCAUUUCCUGAGUUACUUCAGCGUCGCCUUCAACGAUCUCAAUGGAGAGAUACCGUUCAGAGGUCAAUUGGAUACUUUUCCUAGCGCUAGUUUUGAAGGAAAUCCAAAGCUGUGCAGUUCGAUUCUGCAACACCCUUGCUUUACUCAGGAAGAAAAUGAUGCCACUGGGCCUGAGCAUGCGCCUGAGCCUGAGCAUGCGCCUGAGCCUGAGGAUAGAAUUGUUAGACUGGCUGCUGGGAUAAGUUUUCGAUUCAUAAUAGGGUCCACUUAUGGGUUCUUCUAUAUGGACAACUUCCGAAGGUUCAUCGCAUGGUUCACCAAGUUCUUUUGAAGGCUUUUCUCUCGCUGUGGAGGAGAUCGAAACAGAAGCACUUGAAAGCGAAAAGAUAAGAAUCACCAUUGCUGCUUCAUGCUCCAUUUUGAGGUUGUACAAUCAUUUGCAGGAAUUCGCCAUUUUUAGCACUUUCCGACUAGAGAGUUAGGUGUUCCAGAGAGCUCGAUGACGGUUAUAUGGGCUCUUUUCAGGUUUUCCUCAGGUUAUUUUGAUGUUCUUCUUUUAAUGAUGAAUGAGGUUCUCAUUAAGAAUGAA